CUGGGGCAGUGCGGCAACCAGCUCGGGCAUGAGCUCUUCGAGGCCCUGCACGCGGAGGGCGCCUCGGCGCGGCCCGAGCUCGCCGCCGCCGUGCGGAGGGUGUACUUCACGGAGGAGCCCGCCGCCGGCCUCGGCGCGCCGCCGCGCGCCCGCGCCGUGCUCGUGGACUCCGAGCCCCGGGCAGUCGAGGGGUGCCUCCACCCCGGCUCCGAGCGUCGAGGCCGCUGGCAGUACAGGGCCACGGGCGCCUGCGUCCGCCAGGGGGGUGCGGCCAACAACUGGGCGUUCGGCUUCCACCACCACGGCCCGGCCAUGGCCGAGGACGUGCUGGAGCGCGUUCAGCAGGAGGCCGAGCGCUGCGACCGGCUGGAGGGCUUCCUGGCCAUCCACAGCGUGGCCGGCGGCACGGGCUCCGGCGUGGGGUCGCACGUGCUGCAGCUGCUGCGGGACGCGUUCCCGUCGACGACCCUGGCGGCCGUGUCCGUGUGGCCCCUGGAGUCCGGGGAGGUCAGCGUCCAGAGCUACAACUCCGCGCUCUCCCUGUCGGCGGCGUACGACUGCGCCGACCUCGUGCUCAUGUGCGAGAACGGGCGCUACCUAGACAUCUGCAGCGGUGCCCUGAAGGAGCGGAGCCCGUCGCUGGCGUCCCUGAACGCGGCCAUGCCGCCAGGGGGGCCGCGCUGCGGGCGCAGCUGGCGGCGGGCGGCGCGGCCCCAAGACCAUGUUGGCUCGCCCUCACCAACGCGCGCGAGCUGGCCGAGGUGA